AAAAAAUCAAAAUCAACUUUUUUUUUGGAUAUAAACAAUCUUUUUUCUCAUCGACAAAUGAUGAUUUGCCUGUCUUUGUUUUGAUUUGUACUAAAGACACACACAACACAAGAAUCGAAAGUUUUUCAAUUUUUUUCCCUUCUCUACAAGAAUCCACCAGAAUUCAAACAGAUAGACUUGAAAUUGAAAAAAAAUCGGAUGCCCAAUUUCAUCUUAUUUCUUCGAUCUGUAUAGACAAGAAAAAAUCGUUUCAUCAUCUAUUUUUUCAUCAUAAUUAUAUUGAGUAUCAUGGCAUUUGCAAUGAUUACAUCAAUCAUGUCAACAAUAGGAAUGAUGAUGUUUAUUUCGAAUGUAAUUCCAAAGGCAACAACUUUUCCUUUUGCAACCGAAACAGUUGAUACUAUUGCACCAUUGCCACCAAUUCUAACAACAACAACAACGGAAAAACCAAUCGAUGAUGAUGUAAUCAAUCAAUGUCCAAAUGGAAUGUUUCAAUGUUGGUUAAAUCAAACAAAAAAAUCCAAUCAUUUAUUUGAUGAUUAUGAUGAUUUUCAAGCAUUAACUAUACCAAGUUUUAUCUGUAUUGAUCGAUCACGUGUUUGUGAUGGUCAUCAUGAUUGUCCAAAUGGUCAAGAUGAAUCGGAUGACCAGUGUCAUCCAAAUAAACCAGAUAAUCAUACUGUUAUCGCUAGCGGCUGUUAUCUUUGUCGUAAUUCAACUGAAAUAUGUAUUGUAAUGUCAAAAUUAUGUAAUAAUCAUCCGGAUUGUCCAUUAGGUGAUGAUGAAAAUGAAUGUCAAAAUUCAAAACAUCCAAUUCUAUCGUCAUCAUAUGAAUCAAGAUUUUCUGCCAAUCAAUAUGGACCAACUAAUAUUAAUAUAGUUAAUCGAGAUUCAGGAAAUUUGGAAAAAAAUCCCAUUUUACCACCGAAUAAUUCUAAUGAUGCGGGAAUGGAACCACUUCGCGAUGGUGAUAAAAAUUUGCCUACAAAUAAUCAACCAUCCGUACAGGAUGGUGUUGGUUUUCAAUUUCGUGUCAAUAAUUUUGUUGUUUAUAAUUCUGUUGUGAAAAUGUUUAAUCAAGAUUCGGAUAAUGUUGCAUCGAAAGAUGCUGAACAAUCAACAACAACCGAAGCUUAUCCUCAUCAUCAUUAUCCAAACAACAAUAAUAAUUACAGCCGAAAUCAUUAUCAUUGAAAAAUCUUAAGCCAAUUUAAAUUGUUAUUUUUUAAUCAU